UAUUAUGCAUAUGUGAUAUUUCCCUUUCCAAAAGCUUUAACGUGUUUGCUGAACAAACACCAACUCAUUUCAUCCAAAAGAAGAAAAAACGAAACCCAAAUCACCGUCGCCGUUUCCAGAAAUCUUAGACUCAGAAAACCAAAAUCAAUUUUCAGAUCCAGUUCCCCAGAACAACGGAUCUGUUUCUGCAACCCCAGAAAAAUAUGGGGCUGCGUUUUCUGGUUCCGGCAUUUUGUCUGAUCUUCGCAUUUCCUCUCCUUGUCCACGCCAAAACCCUCAAACGCGACGUGAAAGCUCUGAAUGAGAUAAAAGCGUCACUCGGAUGGAGAGUGGUUUAUGCUUGGAUUGGAGACGACCCUUGUGGCGAUGGCGAUCUUCCGCCUUGGUCUGGGGUCACAUGCUCUACUCAAGGGGAUUACCGAGUUGUUACUGAGUUGGAAGUUUAUGCAGUUUCGAUCGUGGGACCUUUUCCUACUGCCGUGACUAAUCUAUUGGACCUCACGAGGCUAGAUCUCCAUAACAACAAGUUGACAGGGCCUAUUCCUCCUCAAAUUGGACGGUUGAAGCGUCUCAAGAUACUUAAUUUGCGAUGGAAUAAGCUACAGGAUGUUAUUCCCCCUGAAAUUGGUGAGCUUAAGAGCCUAACGCAUUUAUAUCUGAGCUUCAACAACUUCAAAGGGGAAAUUCCUAAGGAACUUGCUAACCUUCCAGAGCUUCGCUAUCUCUAUCUACAUGAAAAUCGCCUUACUGGGCGGAUUCCAGCAGAAUUGGGGACCCUACAAAAGCUUCAACACUUGGAUGUUGGUAACAAUCACUUGGUGGGCACUAUAAGAGAACUUAUACGGAUUGAAGGUUGUUUUCCAGCUCUUCGCAACAUCUACUUGAAUAACAAUUAUUUUACUGGAGGAAUUCCAUCACAACUGGCAAACUUGACCAACUUGGAAAUUUUGUACUUGUCUUACAAUAAGAUGUCUGGGAUAAUACCAUCUGAGCUUGCUCGCAUUCCUAAAUUAACCUAUCUGUACUUGGAUCACAACCAGUUCUCUGGAAGGAUUCCCGACGCCUUCUAUAAACACCCAUUCUUGAAAGAAAUGUUCAUUGAAGGAAACUCAUUUCGAUCGGGUGUAAACCCAAUUGGUCUCCACAAAGUUCUUGAACUUUCUGAUGCAGAUUUUCUUGUUUAGUUGAGAUAUCUACCUAAUUUUUGUUUGCUUGAAAAUUGAGUUUAGUGAUUUAUUUUUUACCAAGGAAAUGUAAAAUUCAACUUUGUCCAUCGCAAGUCAUAAAGUAAUGAAAUCAAACCAUUGAUAAUUA